AUGUGCCCAGGUAACGAGAACCCCACAAACAAUAGUCCUUCGCAGUCGUCGCCUCGGUCGGCGUCCGCCCCAUCGGCAUCGCAGCCCCGCACCGCCGACGGACCUCACGGAUCCGGAUCGGAUUCCUCCGGGUCACCCCACGUGGUUGCCGGCCAGGUCGGCGAGGCCGGGGAUUACGAUGAGGUGCCAGUACCAAUUGUUGUUGAUAACGACAGUGCCAUCUGGCACGAAGACGACACCAGAGACGACGACAACGCCAGUGUCUUCUCCGACACCGACUCCGCCUACGAGUCCCUAGCCGGCUCCUCGCGCACCGGCUCGAUCACCUCCUCCAUUUACAACUACGUCUACGAAAACGGCCGCCGCUACCAUGCCUACCGCUCAGGGCAAUAUGUGUUGCCCAACGAUGAGGCCGAGCAGGAGCGUCUCGACCUGCAGCACCACAUCUGGCGGCUGCUGCUCCAUGGCGGCUUGUACACCGCGCCGCUGAACAUCCCCGCCGAAGAGAGCGAUGCUUGGGGUCGGCCGGUGGGAGACUUCCGCAUCCUGGACCUCGGGACAGGAACGGGCAUCUGGGCGAUCGACAUGGCGGAGGAGUUUCCGCAAGCCUCAGUCUUUGGCAUCGAUCUCAGCCCGAUCCAGCCCGACUGGGUGCCGCCCAACUGCCGGUUCCAUGUGGAUGACUACGAAGACGACUGGACGUAUCGCGAGGACGAAAAGUUCGACUACAUCCACGGGCGUGCGCUGUCGGGGACGGUGUCGGACUGGGCGCGGUUCUAUCGACAAGUACGCACACAUCUCAAGCCGGGUGGGUGGUGCGAGAUGCAGGAGUACGAUGCUUGGAUUUUCAGCGACGACGACAGCUUUGAGCGGGCGGUCUGGACCAAGAAUUGGGUCGAGAAGCUGGACGAGGCGAGCCAAAUGUAUGGGAAGCGCCUUAACGUGGCGCGGUUCCAUAAGCAGUGGAUGAUUGAGGCGGGCUUUGAGGAUGUCCAGGAGAAAAUGUUCAGGAUCCCCAUUGGGCCUUGGGCGAAGGACCCCCACCUCAAGGAACUCGGUCGAUAUGAGCAGCUGCAUAUGCAGAUGUCGGUUGCCUCACACACGCCAGCCUUGUUCUCCCGUGUCUGGCAUUACACCCCGCAACAAUGCCAAGUGACUAUCGAAGGCGUCAAGAACGAGUUCCGGAACCCGAAUCUGCGCUUGAUCACGCAGUACCGCUUCAUCAUUGGGCGGAGUCCAGGUCCGCCUUGA